UACUCAUGUAUACUCUUCUUCUCGUCCUGCUUCCGUUCCCAUUCGUUGCAACAAAACUGAAAUUGAUUUUACUAGUGAGGAUGGUUUCAGGCGAAGAGACGUCUUGAAAUGCUUUGGGGCUACCGUUGGCAUGUUGUGAUAUCACCUUAGGAAUUAAUAGCAAGCUCAGGAUCAUUUGUUCAAAUGGCCAGUGCUGCUGAUUUGAUCCAGCGCAGACAACGUUCCGAGUUUCAGUCAAGUAUUAAGGGGACUCUUUCCACAGCUAUAAAGGGAAAACCUGAGGUUAUUCCGUCCCUGCUAACUCUGGCACUGAAUGAUGCUAUUACUUACGAUAAGGCUUCAAAAUCUGGGGGUCCAAAUGGAUCUAUUCGGUUCAGCUCAGAGAUAAGCAGACCUGAAAAUGAAGGACUUUCUGCAGCUCUGAAUUUAUUAGAGGAAGUAAAGAAGGAGAUAGAUUCAUAUUCUAAGGGCGGACCAAUUUCCUUUGCUGAUCUUAUCCAAUAUGCAGCACAAAGUGCACUUAAGUCUACAUUUCUGGCUUCUGCUAUCCGCAAGUGUGGUGGUAAUGAAGAGAAAGGAAGUUUGUUAUACACUGCAUACGGUUCUAGUGGGCAGUGGGGUUUGUUCGAUAAGCAAUUUGGACGAGCAGACACCCAGGAGCCAGAUCCAGAGGGGAGGGUUCCACGAUGGGACAAAGCAACCGUACAGGAAAUGAAGGAAAAGUUCAAAGCCGUUGGCUUUGGUCCUCGCCAGUUAGCUGUUAUGUCGGCGUUCCUAGGUCCUGAUCAAGCAGCUACUGAGGCCUUACUAGCCACUGAUCCAGAGGUUUUACCAUGGGUCCAGAAGUACCAACGCAGCCGAGAAACGGUGUCUCAGACAGAUUAUGAGGUUGAUCUGAUAACCACUCUCACCAAAUUAAGUAGCUUGGGCCAACAAAUCAAUUAUGAAGCAUACACAUACCCUGUCAAAAAAAUUGAUGUGACCAAACUCAAAUUAUAGAGGAAGCUAGCAGUUUCACAAGACCGGCAACAAUUCUAGCAAUUAAAAAGCUAGAUUAGUAUCAAAUGAAUUUGUUUCCCAGUUUGGCAUCAUUGCUUUGUCAUUGUCACGUGUCAGUAAUAAAUUAAGAAUUAGUGUCAAAUGAAUAGUAAAUUCUACAAUCUACUUCUGUGAAUGAUUCUAGAAAAAGCUUCAAAUGGAAUUUUUUUCAAGAUCAAUUUUAAACUUGUAAAAAA